CUACCCAGGUCCCUCCUCAGCGCUGCCGUCAUCCUUGUGUCGUUUCUCCUCUCCGGUCAUCGUUACAGCUGAUUUCAGAGUAACACGGCAUUCCGCAUGCCUCGGAGAACCCAUUACGGCGCUCAAGAAGUUCCAGAACUAAUAUGUUGCAUGGCCGGUCACCCGAGGCUUGACCGACUGGUCAAGUUGUGAUGUUUUGCAUGUGGUGCUUACGGCGCCCAGAGAGUGAACAUGGAGCGACGAAACAACGCCGUGCAUCCCACGGGACUCCUCAGGGAGAUUCGGGUAGCACAGCACCAGGAAGGGACUUAAAAAACCCAUUCAAAGACUGCGAACCCUACGACUCCACACCUCACCCUGAACCACCAUGGGAUCCGCUCCGUCGAAAGCCACUGGCCCUUACAUGUCCAUGUACCCCGCGCCCCCUCUUGCCCCCGAGAACGAGAAACUCUCUGCUGCUGCUGUUAGGCCCGAGCGCGAGCUCGAGGACCGGCUCCAGAACCUCACGAUCGCUGCGAGUGCGCCCCGAUCGCUCGAUGGGGCACUCACCGCGUCGAACAUCUCCACAUGGGAGUCGACUGCCUCUGCGCCCGUGCACGCCGUGACGCGCGCCGUCCUGGCGCGCACCGAUGUCAAUGCGCUGCAGCGCCGCGAGGCGCACCGCGCGGACCACCACACGUUCAACACCGUGCUGGACUUCAAGACGGGGCCGAUUGCGAACCAGCGCGGCAGCGGGCGCUGCUGGCUGUUUGCGGCGACGAACGUGAUGCGGUACCCGGUCAUGCGGAAGCUGAACCUCGACAAGUUCGAGUUGUCCCAGAACUACUUGUACUUCUACGACAAGCUGGAGAAGGCGAACUACUUCCUCGAGCAGGCGAUCACGUUCGCGGACGUGCCGCUGAACUCGCGGCUGCUGUCGCACCUCUCGACCGACCUCAUCAGCGACGGCGGGCAGUUCGACAUGCUGAUCAACCUCAUCGAGAAGCACGGGAUUGUGCCGCAGGACGUGUACCCGGAGUCGUUCCACUCAAUGCUGUCGGCGCCGAUGAACACGAUCCUGAAGACAAAGAUCCGCGAGCACGGGCUUGUGCUGCGCCAGGCGGUGCGGCAGCUGCGCGCGCAGGGGCUGACGGACGAGUCGGUGCUUGCGGUGACCCGAGCUCAGAAGGAGAAGCUGAUGGCGGAGACGUACCGCAUGCUCACGGCGAUGCUGGGUGUGCCCAUGCUCGCGGACGAGGCGUUCACCUGGAGCUACCACGACAAGGAUGGGAAGUACGGGCAGUGGACGGGCACGCCGAAGCAGUUCGCGAAGACGUUCAUCGGGUCUCAGGUCUCGGAGAGCAUCUCGCUCAUCAACGAUCCGCGCAACGCCUACAGCGAGGCGUACACUGUGACUGACAUGGGCAAUGUCUGGGGUGGCCGGCCCGUUGUUUACGUGAACACCAGCGCCGAGAUGCUCAAGUCCCUGGUCGUCAAGAUGAUCAAAGCCGGGGAGCCUGUGUUCUUUGGCUGCGAUGUGCUGAAGCACGAGGACCGGUUCGAAGGGUUCCUCGACCUCGAUCUGUUCGAAUACGAGAAAGCGUUCGACAUCAAGUUCCCGAUGAACAAGGCGCAGCGUCUGGAGGUCGGCGAGUCAAUCAUGACGCACGCGAUGGUCUUCACGGGCGUGCACCUCGACGAGCAGGGCCGCGCCGUGCGCUUCAAGGUCGAGAACGCCUGGGGCACCGGCGUCGCACGCCAGGGCUGGUUCACGAUGGGCGCAGACUGGUUCGAGCAGUGGGUGUACCAGAUUGUGGUGCCCAAACGCUUCGUGCCGGCCGAGCUAGUCAAGGCGUUCGAGACGGGCCAUCGCACGGAGUUCAAGCCCUGGGACCCGAUGGGAGCGUUGGCUUGAUUCGCUUAUAUUCUAUCUACUUUUUUGUAUCCAUGCGAAUGCCAAUGUGUUGUUAUGUCUUCAGAGCGCG